CGCACGCGACCGGGCGCCACUCGCGCGCGCACCGCGGACUAAGCCGCUUCGAAUUUCGAACGUUACAAACGUCAACGUCAUCGCCAUUUUUGAAUUUUCUUUUUAAAGUGCCAGUGCAUUUGGAACUGAGGAUUUUGUGCCAGUAUUGUGUUCCUUUUUCAAAACAGAUUUGUAAAGGUGCCAUCCGUGACUGUGAGCGUGACCUGUGUUGUAAACAAACAAUACGAACAAUCGAUUGACAUCAAUUAAUCGAUUAACUGUUAAACGAAUAACUAAUCGAAUAUCCAGUCCUUACAAAAUGUGUUUACGCCAUUGCUAAGGCUUUGAAACUGUACCUACUGCAGUGUUUCUUUGAGAAACUAAGGUGAAACUUUGUUACCAAGUGAAGUGCAGCAAAGUUAUCUUCCACUGGACCGCGCUCAACACUUGGUCGUUUUUGUCUUGAUGUCAGUCCGCUCCAAAAGUAAUGGAUAGCCACAGUAGAUCGGCGUCCCCAAGGGAACCAGCGCGGCCGCAGCAUCGUCCGCCCUCCCCACCAUCUUCCCCCCAAUCAGGCUUCGACAACAGAGCGUACCAGCACGACGAAUCAGACCCGAACCACAACGACAGCUUCACAUCCAACGGUCCACACCAAAACCACCAAAAUGGACACACUAAAGAACCCAAUGGUGAUACAAAAACGCUGGAAGCAGUUAAUUUAGAACUGAUAAAUCUAACGCCUAAGAAUGGGUCGAAGAAGAAGGAUGUGGAGGUUGAUAUGAAUUCAACUAAUCCUUAUGACGAAUACUUCGUGCCAGUCAACGAACAUCGGAAGUAUAUGAGAGGAGAGAAACUAUACGUGACAGCGGAUAAGCGCGGCGAGAAGGGAGGCUGCAAGCGGCCCCUGUGUUGGACUCUCCUCGCUCUAGUCGUCGUUGCCAUUGUCGCUCUCAUCGUGCUAGCAGCCACUGGAAUUCUCUUCACAAAUUCGCCAACACCCCUCGAACAAUACAACGCUUCCGUAAGCUCGGCGCGUGCGUUCGGCGGCAUUACGAGCGAUCACAAUCACGAUCACGACCGCGAUCAUGAUCACAGCAAUCAUCACCACGACCACAGCGAUCACGAUCAUCAUCAUGAGCAAGAACAGAGUACUUCGCCACCACAAAUGGGUACAGAGACACAAAGUGACGAAGCACAACUACCUACGAUCUCCGAAGAAACCGGCGACUCGUCGAUGUAUGUACCAAGAACAUUGGAGGGGACACUGAAAAUAGACAACGAAAUAUUCACACCAGAUCUUGAAGAUACAGAAAGCGAGAAGUACAGAGAUUUCACGACGACUUUCAGCGAUGCACUCAAACACGCUCUCUUCAACAGGGACACUUUAGAAAACGGAGAUAAUGAGAUAAUGGUCGAAGUCAUCAAGAUAAGAAAUGGCUCGUUGAUCGUAACCUACAGAAUUCACUGGAUGCCCAAACAUAAUGCAGAACCAUCGGAAGACCUUAUGACAGCGACCGCUUUAAAAACUAAUCUUAACAGCUAUCUUAAUGGUAACAAUAGAAUGAUCAGUGUAUACCACGUUGCUGAGGAAGAGUUACCUACAACACAAGUACUUGAUUUAUGCAAAAUAAAUAACUAUGAAUGUGAAUAUAAAUGCGAAUUUGAUGAUUCUACGCUUGAUUUUAUGUGUGUUUGCCCACAUGGACAAAUCAUAGACAUGAGAGCACCCAAAACAUGUAUGCCUCUGUUAGAUAACUCAGAGCAAGAUAAUCCCGAAACUACGACAAAGAAGGAAACGAAUAGUUUGACAUCUAAUUCUAACGAAAGCACAAUGACAUCUAAUUCUGAAGAAAAAGUUAAUACAGAAAAAGUACGUUUAGCUAAUGAAGAAAGUGUAUUUGAUUGGAAGGAACCGCGUUAUUACACGCCAGAAACAACAACUGAAACGGAACCUGACCUAAACUUUUCUCAUAUAUUUAGUCCGGACACGCCGAAACCUGAACCAGAACCAAAUGCAGAACCCGAAGCCAUUCCUAUUCCAGAACCUACACUUACUCCAAAGCCUGACUUAGAUUCCGUAACCGAGCCAAAACCAGAACCUACAGCCGAACCACAAGCAGAGCCAACACCUGAACCAACGGCUGAACCUAAGCCUGAACUAGAGCCAGCGCCUGAACCAGAACCAGCGCCUGAACCAGAGCUUGCGCCUGUGCCUACAGCUGAACCAAAACCUGAACCAGAGCCGGCACCGGAACCUACAAUGGAACCAAAACCUGAUUCAGAACCAACUUCUGAACCCACAGCGGAACCAAAGCCCGAACCUGAACCAACGGCCGAACCUAAUCCUGAACCUGAACCAACAAUAUCACCAAAUCUUGAUCCAAAACCAAACGCAGAACCUGAACCUGACUCAUCAACGGAAACUCGACGAGAAUUGGAAUCCAUAAUAGAACCACAACUCGAAGUUAAAACCACCACAGAACAAGAAUCAAGUAAGGAACAACAACAAAGAGACGUUACAAUGAUUGCUAAUCCAGAGAUAACUAUUUCCUCAGUAACAAUGAUUCCAUCUAAAGAGAUAUUAAUUUCAAGCGAAGAGACAAAACAAGAUGAAUCGACCGAGCUUAACGCCACUUCUAAGCCAACCAUUAUGUUUGACCAUCCUACAUUCGAUUUAGAUAGCAUAAUUGGACUUCAUACAACGGCAGAGCCGGAAUCAAAUCGAAAUACCGAACGUAAUUUGGAAAUCCAGCCGUUAGCGAACAAUGAAAACGCUAAUGAAGACAUGGAAAAAAUAAUAACUACGACAGCGAGAAUUUCCUUAUCGGAACCUAACAUUAUAAAUGAACCUUCUCACGAACCUAAACCUGAAAUUAUAUCCAUAUUAAUGGAAAAUGGAAAACGAAUGAAUUUCACAAGUAUUGAUACCACAAAUUAUACUACAACUGAAAGUGACUGGCUAGAGGCGGAAGAUGAAAACAGUAACAUCAAUUCAGAAACAUCUACAAGAAACGUCUAUGAUCAAAUGAAUUCAGAAAUGCAAAAUGAAGAUAGUAGUGAGCAUAUCAAUAGGACUGAACCAAGAUUGUCAAAGAAGUUUGACGACUUUGCUUUAGAAUCAACAACAGAUAGUUUAAACGAAAACAAUAAUGAAGAUAUCACAUUUGAUCUUAUAAAAAAGAAUAAUGAAAUGCCAACAAUUCUCACUACAAUAGAACCAACUACAGAAAAAACAGAUUUGAAAGAUGAAAUUACGUUUUACAAAAAUAAUUUAGAAACAACAACAUUUACUAAUAGGUAUACUAACAAAAUGGAUACUCAGCGAGAGGAAGAAGAAGUGAAAGAAAUUCCGGCAGAAAAUAAUACAGAAGUCGUUACUGAAAAUAAAGAUAUUCAAUCAGAUCAAACUGCAUCCACACGUGAGGAUUUUAUAAACAGACAGUUUGAUAGGAGUCAAUCAGAUCAAAAUCUUAUUGAGGUAUUGAAUAAAAAUAAGAGCUCGAAUAUGUUCAAUGUUACACCUACAGAAAAAUACUUGCCAGAACAAAGUACAGACUUAACGUUUGACAACAUCAGUAUGCUUUACAAUAGAUCAUCAAAGUCAAUAGAAAAAGAAGAAAAUAAAAAUUUAGAAUUUACAGAAUCAAAUGAAGAAUCUGGAGAAAAUACAACUGAUUCAGAUUGGUUAUCUGAAACAGUUUCAGACGUGAACUAUGAAGAUGUUACAAAUAAAAUUGAAAAACAAGAAACUACUGAAACUUCUUCAACUAAAAUAGACGAAAUAAUGGGUCAUGGAGUUAGCAAAGACGAUUUUGAAUCUGAUUAUUUAAAUAACAUGGAUUCUAAGACUAGCAAAAUGCCAGACCAGGAUAUACCCUUAUACGGUAUGUCACAUGAUUACGACAGUGAAGAUUCUAGAUUUAGAAGAGUUAAUAUAGAUACAUCCCAAAUAAGCCCAAAAGAUAAUAGAACUGAAGCUAAUCAAGAAAUAUCUAUGGCAACAGGUUUAAUGCCAGAUUCUGCAACUGAAACUACAACUAUAGGCCAAUAUAUUUACAAAGUAUCGGCACAAAACAUGAAUGAUUCGUUCGCCAACACUGAAAGUUCAUUAGCAAGCCCAAAACCAGCUCCUGUAUGGGAAGAAAGUGAAGGAAGGGAAGAUCUUACUGUAAAAGAACUGCCGAAACAAAAUGUAAAUGAUAAUAACCCAUGGGUGGAUGGUAUUAGUGUAACUUCCACGACUGUUCCUUUAACAACUAUUUCCACAAAUUUUAAUCAAUUUGAUCAAGAUAAUUCAACUAGAAUGAGUGAUAUGAUGGCACAGAACACAACAGUAGUAAAUAAUCUAAAUGUGACAAUUUAUGAAAUAUCUAAUCAUAGUGGAAAUCAAUCACUUAUUCCUUUGAAACCUACCAAUACACCGUCAACCGAGUUUGUAGAUCAUGAAACUGAAAUGAAUCCAUUUUUACCGGAAGUAGAAAACAAUAAAAUUCUUGUGAAAAAACUUCAAGAAGGGCACGACCUUGAGCCCACAAGUUUAAAUGAAACACAAAAUGAGAACGCAGAAGAACAUAACUCUAGUAAUUCAGAUAUAUCUAGUUUAGUCUCUAAACAAACACCACAAAAUAAUGAAACUCAUUCAUCGAAUGCAACAUUACUAAUUACUCCUGAAACGGAACCUGAAGCUACCACAACGACUAUUGUAGAUGACGACUUCUUAUUUAACCAGCUUUUUACUAAUUCUCAUGAACAGGAAAAUGAAUUUACAACAGAAGUAAAUAAAAUGUUACCGUCUCCGCCGAAUAAAGACAGGACAAUAGCAACAGAAACAAAUGAUAAGGAAGUACUGCCUAUUUCUACAUUUCUAUUAGACACAGAUGAUUUAGAUACAACGAAAAAGCCAAGCACACUAACAGAAAGUGAUUUAAAACCUUCUCUUGCCAAUGAACAGAUGAAUAGUGAGUUUUUAAGUGUAGUCCCAAUUGAGCAAGAAACUUUUAUGAAAUCAUUUGAAAAGAAUAAUUAUAAGAGUGAAAACAGUCAAGAACUAAAUUUUAUCAGUGAUUCUCCAAAAAAGAGUGACAGAAGGACAAUCGAUGUUAACAAUUUGGAUUCUGUUAUAAACAAUGUAGCGUAGUAAUAUUUUUUUAUGUAAGUGAAAAUUGUACAUUAUUGUUACUUUGUUUCCUGUGAUUUUAAAAACUAUAAAUAUUGCAAAUUAAAAUACCAAUGUAAAUUCAUAAACAGUAUAGCUAUAAGUAACAUCAAUAUUCUCGCUAAGAUUCCAAAUGGUUCUAAGUUUAUUAUAAUAAAUACUAAAGAUAUUUACCGAUAUUGUAUUGAUUAAUAAUAAUAAAUAAUAAUUAAUUGUUUUAUUAGACUAGUCAAAUUAGAAAAAGUAAAUCAUCAUGAGGAGUUUAGAUUAUUUAUUACUUCAAGUGCGUUAGAUACAAGCUCGGCUAAAUGUAUCAUUACAUAAUUUCAAAACUUCCUUCUCAGAGUAGAAUUUAAUGGAGGUGAAUUUAAUGAUUUUUAAAAUUGUUACCAUAGAUAAAUGUAUAUUUUAUUAUUAUAACCGUACACUUCAUUUGUUGGAACUUAACAAAUAAAAAUUUGAUUUUAAAUUCGAUCAAUAUUAUAUUUGAUAUUGAAUUGUAUUAUAUGGAUUAAUUACAGUAACUUUUAUUUGUAAGUAAUUUUAAUUUGAUCCGUGCCGUAAUGUGAUACUGUCGAAUGAGAAUGUGACAUUCCAAUUGUUGAUAAAAACAUAAUUUUAACUUAGGUAACGCUUUGCGGAAGUGAGGUCUGAUUGUAAAAUAAUAAUUUUAUUAGUGUAGUUUAUUGUUAACUAAGAUAUAUUUUGUAUAAUAUGGUUGAAAAUGUAAAGAAGUAUGUUGUAAAUAAAUAUAAAGUUAAUCAUAAUAA